UUUGACGUAAUGUUGUUGUGUUUUUUUUUAAUAAUUUUCAUUACGAUGAUUUUAUUUUUACUGUAAAUAAAUAUGUGAAUACUGUUUAUAAUGGAAGAUAACAUACAACACGACAAGGGAUACUCGACGAAGGCUGCAUUGAAAAAGCUGAGAGAUGACAUACAUACUGUUAUUGAUGAACAUAAACUAAGAAAUCGCAUAGGACUUGGUAUUAUAAAGAAUAUCAUAUCAUUGACAUCUGAGAAAGUUCUGUUAUCUGGAAUAGCAUACACUGUGACAUUAGUUAAUAUAGUAUGUUUAAUAUUGACAUAUCUGGUUGGAGGAACUAUCUUAGCACAAGGAUAUUUACUUUGGGAAGCUUUAUUUUUAUUUAUCUUACUUGUAAUUAAUAUUUUGAUAGCAGCAAACGAAGAAUAUUUGUACAGAAAUGAAAUACCACAUCGUGUUAAGAAGGUAUUAGAGACCCUAGAUAGAGCCAUAGAAAAAUGUCAGUGGAAAGAACAUCACUACCCACACCUAUGUGCUCCCUUCUCGCCUUGUGUUAUCCUUCAAUGGACUUACAGGGACGGAAUCAUAGUAAAUCUUCCAUGGGCGUUGUUAGUAGAGGGAGACAUAAUCGUGCUCCGACCGGGGCAGGAGGUGCCAGGGCACUGCCAGGGUCUGCAGCCGGGUGAUGCUGAACUAUUCUUUGGGCAGAUUUUUCUAUCAGGAUCGCAGACGAAGGAACAUCUGAGCGCGCCUCGCGUCCGCUCUCCGCAUCCGAACAAAACGUACCGCAUGUGUGAAACACCAUAUUUGAAGAAUUUAAAAUUGGCCCUCGACCAAGCCACCGCCAGACCUGUGACUGUGUUUGAGAAACAGAGGUAUUUGUGUAUGGUGAAGAUACUAGAGGGCAUAGUGCUGCCGGUGGCGGUGGCUCUGACGCUGGCGGCGAGCGUGGCGCGCCAGCUGUGCGGGCUGCCCAGCGCGCACUGGAGCGAGGCCUACCUGCUGCAGACCGUCGCGGCGUCGCUGCCGCUGCUGCAGAUAUUCUUCCCCGUCACCUGGAUCACGCUCAAUUGCUACGGCCUGGCGAGGUUCAAGCUGUUGUCGGAGACGCGUCAGAUAUACACGAGGCCCAAGUCCUGCUCCAUAUCAGAGGAAGCGAGCGACCCUCUCAUACAAGCGCUCAGCGAGUCCAACCUCAAAGUGGACAGCUUGGGCUCCUUGGGCAGGACCUUCUGGAACAUUCUCGUCGGUCGAGAGGACAUGGUCGCACGGACUGCCAACAUUGUACACGUUUUGGGCUCUUUAUCGGCCCUCUGUUGUAUAGACAAAAAAGGUAUUCUAUCAUGGCCGAAUCCUACCGCCGAGAAAGUGUUCUUCCUUCGCAACUCGAGCCCAACUUCGCACAACUCGAGCAAAACGAGUCUCGUGGAGUCUAUGGGGCACCAGAGUCACAGCAACCUCGAGCACAUCGGCGAUACCAAGACUAACGCCGAUACAUCUACCAUCGUUGAGGUGCUCGAUCUGACCCACGACCAGAACGCACCAUUCCGAGUGGAGUUCGACGAGCAGCGCUGGCGCACGCACCUCGCGCGCCUCAAGCCGCUCGGGCUGGCCGCGCUGCUCAACACGUGCGCGCACGCGCCGCGGCACACGUACGCGCACUUCUGCGCGCACCUCACCUGCGAGGCGCACUACAGUGAAGACCUAGUGCCUGUGACGAACAGACGGUGUCUCUGCGAGUUGGCUAAACAGAUUGGUUUUACGGAUUCAGUUGCCAAUUCCUACAAUAUACAAGAAUGUCUGGCAGUUUUCCGACAUUUGCAAGCGGACACAAUCAGACGAGAGACGCGCUUCGUGCGCUCGCUGCACCUCAGCACGCGUGUGAAGGUGCCGCUGCCGCACAUGCUGGCCGUGCUCGUGAAGGACCAGGCCAACCAGCUGCAGAUGUUGACACAGGGCACAGCGGAUAUAAUCCUGGACUCGUGCGUGGACUACUGGAACGGGAGGGACCUCACGCCGAUAUCGCCCUCAGAUCGGAAGAAGAUCAUCGACUUCUACCAGCGGAACUCUCUUACGGCGUAUUGCACAGCUUUCGCGUACAAGCCCCUGACGCGCGGCAUCUCGUCGGCGAUCGCUGCGCAGUACCUAGAGCUGCCGGCGGACUCUCGCCCGCUGUACGCGCCGCACUCGCACCACUGGCCGGACGCGCCCGCCCUGCACUUCCACUCUACAGAUUCAUUGCUCUUCAACGAAAUAACAGAUGACGAUGUCAGCGAUGCUGAUGGAUACUUCGACAUGCAAUGCAAUCAGGUGUUCAUAGGCAUGGUGACGAUGCAGUACCAGGCGCAGAGCGACAUGGUGGAGCUGAUCGAGCGGCUCGAGCGCGCCUGCAUCCGCUUCGUGCACUUCAGCAAGGAGAACGAGCUGCGCUCGCGUGUCUUCAGCGAGAAGAUGGGCCUGGAGUCCGGCUGGAACUGCCACAUAUCCCUCAUGAGUGACAAACCCACCAGCAAGCCAGGCUCGCCGCUGUCGUCUCAGACGCUGGGCCGCGAGCGCGGCAACACAGCGUCGCAACUCACUAGACCCGACACGGGUGACGUCACUACCUAUAGCGGGAAUAUGUCGUCGUCAAAAGCUCUGUCGAUGUCCGCGCCUGGGGCCAUUAACGUCGAACACACCACUGUCAAGUUUGACAACGAAAUCAAGAAGACCCGCCAUUCGCUGACCACGCAUCAGGGACUGAAGCUUCAGCGAGGCAGCGUGGCCACGAGCCAAGCGUCCACGGACUCUCUGCUCAAUGACGACGCGGACGACACGGGCGACUCGCCCCCGGACGCAUGCCGCUCCCUGUCCUGCCUCACGGACUCCACCGACCACUCCGCGCCGCUCAACUUCGACAUGAGCAACCGGGCAAAACUCCCGCGAGGUAUCGAGAACAUUCGGCCCCAUAUCGAGCAAGUGGACAAUGUCCCGCUGCUUGUCUCCUUGUUCACCGACUGUACUGCCAACUCUGUGCACCAAAUGAUACAGAUCAUGCAGGAUUACGGUGAAGUGGUCUGUGUGAUGGGGUCAGCAGCUAACUGCCAGAACAUGGAGAUAUUCAUGCAAGCAGAUGCUAGCAUAGCAGUAGAGCCUCUAUAUCCCGUGUUGUGCCAAAAGAUGCCCCCCUACCAAGUGCCGCAGACUUGCAUCGGACCUAUCGACCUGGCGAGAUCACUCAACUCUGUACCUUGCUCCCUGUCGCUGAAAAAUAAAUGGCAAAGUCAACCGUACACCAACUAUUGCAACACGGAGCUGGCGCGCGCCGCGGACGUGUCCCUGUUCGCGCUGAUCACGAUGUCGCGCCACUUCACCAUGUGCCUGUGGAACACCACGCAGUUCUGGAUAUGCAGCGCCUGCUUCCUCGCCCUCAUACAGGUGGUGUCGGUGAUGGCGUUCGGCGUGGGCGCGCUGUCGGUGGGCGGCGCGGCGUGGGGCUCGCUCGUGGGCGCCGUGCUGUCCAGCGCGCUGGGCUUCGCGCCGCCGCCCUCCGCGCUCAUGCUGCGCGCCGCCACGCGACCAGCUCUCUCCUUCAGUCCUAGAAUGGCGUUGUUCAUAUUCUGGUGCUACGCGUGCAAGUUCCUGCCGUCGAUCGUAUCCAUCCUACUUCUGUACGGGCUCACGUUGAGGAGCUUCUGCGAGCAGAUAGCGCAGUUCACCAACUCCACCAGCUGCUGGCUGGUGUACCCGAUGGGCGGGGGGAACAGCUGCUUGACCCAGGAAGUGAGGAGCUGGCACGGGUGGGGGGACGAGUUUUAUGACGGGCUGUAUCUGGCGCAGCAUAUCACCUUGGCGUUGGUUACUUUGCAUUUAAUAAUAAUAUCGCUGUCGUUCGUCCACCGACACUCCUCGAUAUGGCAGAGGAGGUUCUGGUCCAACAGAGUGUGGUCCACGCGGGUCGUGCUUAUCAUAGUGAUCCAAGGCUGCGCGAGUGCGCUGCUGGCGCGCGGCGCGUACGGCCGCUGCGGCGCGUGCGGCGCGUGCUCGCUCGCGUACGCGCCCGCCGCGCCGCUGUGCGCCGCCUACGCCGCCUCGCCGCUGCUCGUGUUCUUGCUCAAUGAGCUCAUCAAGUGGCAGGAGAUCAAAGCGGAUGCGCGCAACCAAAGAAGAGCGCGCUUGGACUUCGGGACGAAGCUGGGAAUGAAUUCGCCGUUUUGAACAUCGCUACAAGUGUCUAGUCAAUUACGCUUUAGUAGGAUUUAAUAUAAUUAACGAACAGUUGCAAUUUAGUCUUAAGCAAAUGUACUUUUUUGUACCUAACCGAUAUUUUGUACUUAAUUUAUUUUAUUGAAUAAGUUUGAGACAUUGAUUUUUUUUUAAUAAAAUAUAUUCUCAUA